AUGGCCGGGGGAGAAGAGGGGCGCCCCAGGCCCCCCGAGGCCUCGCCGCCCCGCGCUCCGCCAGAAACGGCGCCCGGCGAGGCCGAGCGCGAGGCCGGCGGUGGGAGUUCCCGGCGCCUUCCUCCGCCGCGUUUGCCCCGGCUGGGCCUGGCCUUGGCGCUGGUGGCGGCCCUGCUGGCCGCGAAGUACUAUCGGGACUCGGAGGUGGCCCGGCGGCAGGUACCGGCGGAGGGAGCCUCGCCGCAGGGGACGGAGAAAUCUUUGCGAGGCGCCUGCGGGGAGGGAUGCUGGAAGUCGGGGCAGCGAAGGGGAGAAUGAGUGGGGUCGGGGCUGGUCUCGUGCGGCUAAGAAGUUGGCGGGCAAAAAACAGCAUUUUGGGGGUGCCUUUUGUUUUGCAUUUGGGGAGCCUUUUUGUUUUGCAAUCUGUGUAUAGUGUAGCCCCAGAGUUGCCUGUUCAGAAAGGAAGCAUCGUGACUUCCAAGUAAAGUGUGUAUCGCAUUGCAACUUCACAGUGCCGUCCUCUCCCAAGUCCCGUGUGGGAUUUUUCAGCGGGAUAUACCACUGAAUAGGCCGGUAGCCCGAGGUUUGCAAUCGUGCGCGCGUGUGCUUGGGAGCAAGUCCGCUUGAAUCCCACGGGGCUCACUUCUGCGUAGACGUGCAUACGCUUGCACUGUAAAUAUACCUGGCGUAGCUUUUAAUGAAUGUAGGCAAUUAACAGCCACAGGGAUGGGAUCGCCGUCAUUGCGCAUCUUCCCUAACACUAGUCAUCCAUUGAAGCACAAUGGUGGGAGAGUCACAGGCACAAAUUUAUUCAUCCCGUACAAUCCAGAUGUUGAACUACAACUCCCACCAACCCAAGCCAGCCGAUAUGGAGGCUGGUAGAAGCUGAUGGGAGUUGUAGUCGAACAACAUGAUAUGGGAACAAAAUAAAAACAUUCCUUCCAUUAGCUCCGGCACUUCCCACUUGGAAAUACUUAAAUCUAGUUCUGCAUCACACACCAGUAGCACCUUAACAUAGUAUGGGGUGCACCACAAUAUCUGCUCCUGUGGUACAUAGUUAAACUAUGGGAUUUGUUGCCACAAGAUGUGAUGAUGGCUACAGACUUAGAUGAUGUUAACAGGGUGUGUGUGAUAUGUUCAUGAACGGUCUGUUGUGGUUAUUAGCUACCUAAAAACGUCUGUGUUUGUAGGCAUUAUAUAUCUGAACACCAGUUGCUGGGACGGGGGCUGUCUUGUCAUGGUUGUGGGCUUCCUAGAGUAUCUGGUGUGUGAUGCAGAACUAGAUUUAAGUAUUUCCAAGUGGGAAGUGCCAGGCGCUGCCUAGGAAUUUGAGGAAAACAGAAGUCCUUUGGAGGUUUUUAAGCAGGGGUUGGAUGGCCAUCUGACAUGGAUGCUUCAGUUGAGAUUCCUGCAUUGCAGAGGGUUGGACUAGAUGACCCUUGGAGUCCCUUUCAACUCCACAAUUCUAUGAUCUCCAGUGCCAGAGGCAACAUGCCUCUGAGACUGUGUGCACAGCAUACUUCAAAGCACAUUUAAAGUGCGCACACGCUACAAGAAUCCUGGGAACUGAAGGAUGCUUGAAAAUGCUGCUCUUUUGCGUAAACUACAGUUAACAGGAUUCUUUUUGGGUGGGUGGGUGCUUCAGAAGUGCUUUAAAUAUGAGUUACUGGGGAAUGACAGUGAGAGAGGGCUAUGGUGCUCAUGUCCUGCACAAGGGCUUCCCAUAGACACCUGGGAUGGUCACUGUGGGAACUGAAUGCUUCACUAGAUGGGCUCUUAGUCUAGUGCUACAGAGCUUUUCCUGAGUGAGGAUAUCCCAUAAUUCUUCUUGACAGAUAAGCCCUGUUUUUAAGUGAACAGGCAAACAUUACUCGUGGUUCUUUUCCUCAAUACUUUGAAUGAGGUACACCUAGCAAGCUUUUUUUGUAGACUGUGGUACCCUAAUUGCUGUCCUGUUUGUUUAUGUGCAAGCUGAGAAGUCAAGUUUACUCCUUACCUGUCGAUCGUAUUGGGCAUGCCUUUAUUACAAAUCUAAACUGUUUUUAUCAGUCUCCUCCUGGCCGCUCCCCACAAACUCUUAGGGAGUUCUGAGAGGGUGCUUGGGAUCUUUAUCAAAUGAUAAAUCCCAGGAUUAUUUGCAGGAGACCGUGAUGCUGUUAUAAAUAAGCCAAUGUAUUUUCCAUAUAGAUGAAUCCAGAGAGUGUGGCCACUUGCUCUGUCAGUAGGGAGAAUAGCCGCCAGAGCAAGAAAUGUACUUACAGAGGAGAAUAGAGAUUUUCAGCUUCUGCAAGAGCUGCUGUAUUCUUUGAUGUUUGGCAGUGCAGUCUGGGAGAAGAGAGAGGGUGUUUCUCUCAGCUCCAGGCUUCCUUUCCCAUGCUUUUCUUUUGUUUCCUUCCUAUGAGCAGAAGCAAUGUGGUAUCAAGGCCAGCUCUAGGUUUUGGGCGGUCCCUUUGGCAAGAUGCUCAGUUGGUUAGAGUGUGGUGCUGAUAACACCAAGGUUCCAAGUUCAAUCCCUGUAUAGAGAGCUGCAUAUUCCUGCAUUGCAGAGGGUUGGACUAGAUGAUUCUCAGGGUCCCUUCCAACUCUACAAUUCUAUGAUCCUCUACAAUCUCUAUGACCCUUUUCCUUAGAGAGUGGGCCCAUCACCUCCUUGCCACUAUCAUAAGAACAUAACAUACAUAAGUGUCAGGAGUUCAGCCUACACUCGAGUAGGACCCUGGCAGAGACACAUGCCCAACUGGCAUGUUCUCUCCCUCCUGGUCGAUUGUUCAGGAGCUUCAAAAGCUUUCUUCUGCCCAAACAUCACAGCAACCGAUGCCAACUGACACCUGCACACUUAGGGAUCCGCAGAGUUUGCGCAACUUGCGUAACAGACCUCAGCAACUCAGCAUUUUGGCUAAUUACUUUAUUUACAUAUAAACACACGUGGAGCACUGCAACAUGGCUCCCUCUCUCUCUAGCAUCAGACAUCAAAGAGGGGAAAAACAAAGGACAAUAGUCCCACUUCACGGAACACAGUAACACAAACAUCCUGUCUCCAUCACUUUCCACUCUGUGGAGUCAAAACAUAUACCAUCAUGUGAAAGACAACAAUCCCAUGACUGCAGUCAUGGAGCAGGAAUUCUAACAAUAAGAAGAGCCCUGCUGGAUCAGGUCAAAGCCCAUUCUGGACCAAUAACGUGUUCUCACAGUGGCCAACCAGAUGCCUGUGGGACCUGGACACAAGAGCACUCUACCCUCCAGCUUUUUCCAGCCAUUGGUAUUCAGAAGUAUCGCUGCCAGUGCCUACAACUGUGUUGUGUAGGCAGAGUAUAGUCAUCAUGGCUAGGAGCCUUUGAUAGUCUUCUACUCCAUGAAUUUGUCUAAUCUUUUAAAGCCACCCACAUUGGUGGUCAUCGUUGCUCCUUGUGGGAGCAUAUUGCAUCCUUUAACUAUGGGCUGCUUGAAGAAGUCUUCCUUUUGUCUGUCUUGAAUCUUCCAACAUUGGAUGUCCAUGAGAUCUAGUGUUAGAAGAGGGGGGGGGACCCCUUCUUUCUAUCCACUUUCUCCAUGUGAUGCAUAAUUUUAUAUACUUCUACACAUCACCACUGACCACGAAGUGCACCUGACAAUAGCCUUGACCCACUGCCAGAGAUGUCCUUGCCCCUGGUACCUAGUGGCGUCUGGGCCCUCUGCUAGGCUUUCAGCUCCAACUUGGGCUUCCAGCUUCUUCUGAAUCCAGGCUUUGUGUCCCUUGCCAGCUUGUCUUUGCUUUUUGUCUGCUUGGUGCAGCCCUGGAUCUGCCCUACAAGACACUUGAGUGAAUUCCUGACGGUAAUUGACAAGAGCAGCACCUUCCAGGCAGCAUUAGCAUCCUUUUAGGCUGGCAGGCGGCAGAUGGAAAAUAAACGGGUUUGGGAGCUGUGGGAACACUAAUGGUGUCACAGGCAGCACAGAAUCACUGCAGCUUGAACUGCGGAGAGAAGGAGACUCGUUGCACUGGGAGGAGAAGACUCCUUGCCUGCAGGGAAGAGAGCAGAGUAGCCAGCGGAAAUGCAACUUGUAUGAAUCCACCCAAGGCUGUGCCUCAUCAGCCUAGAAAUGGGCUUGCUGGUGUUGGCAGCCCCCCCCCCCCAUUUGCUAUAUGUAAGGGAUUGGCCUGAGUCUCUAAUAUCCUUAAAACAGACUAAAUGAAGCAAAAUUUUGCGCCACCGCAAUAGGAGUGAGCUUAGCUUGAAAGAAUGCAAUGAGAAGUUCACCCUGAUCUGGCUUAUGGAAGCUGGAGCAAGAAAGUUAGCUGUGACUAUUAUUUAAUACUUUACAGUCGUGGACAACUCUGGGGUUGCACGCUCAUCUCACUCUAUAGGCCGAGGUAGCCAGCAUUUGUCCGCAGACAGCUUCCGAGUCAUGACUAAGCUGCUUCUGGCAAACCAGAACAGCGCAUGGAAACGCCGUUUACCUUCCCACCAGAGCGGUACCUAUUUAACUACUUGCACUUUGACAUGCUUUCGAACUGCUAGGUGGGCUGGAGCUGGGACCAAACCGGCAAGCCCUAGGCUCUGUGGUUUAGACCACAGCGCCACCUGCAUCCUUGCCUUAGCAUACCUUAAUUUGCUGUUCAAAGAGUGAAGAAGCUAGGAGGGCUGCCCGUAGAGGCUUUUCUGCAGCAGAAAGUCCAAAUAGCGGCUUCCAGGUACGCACUCUCAUUGACAUAUGGCACAAGGCCGGGAUUGUGGCCCAGGUGCGAAAUCAACCCACCUCCUUUAACGGCACCACCUCGCCUUGCAUCAUUGCAGGGCUCCCUCUAGAAUGAGGGUGGGGGACCUCAGUGCUAGGGAUCAAAUGCAACCUUCCAGGCCUCACCACCUGACCUUUAAGACUCUCCCCAGCCCUGCUUUGCACCCGUUUGGAGCGUUUUUGCCUUUGCAGGAAUGUGUCCUUGGAUUGCAAUACAGUGGUACCUUGGUUUACAACCGUAAUCCAUUCCGGAGGUCCGGUUGUAAACCAAAACAGGUUGUAAUCCAAGGUGCGCCAAUGAGGCCUCCCCCAAAAAUGGGUUGUAAUCCAAAAAAGGGACACGCACUUCCGGGUUUGACAUGGUUGUAAUCCAAAACAGUUGUAAUAUAAAGCGCUUGCAAACCAAGGUACCACUGUAAUGCCUAUUGCUUCCUGGAUGGAGGCUAGAGAUUGGUGUGUGAGAGUGUGGUGUAGAAACCAACCUACUGUACAAAGGUAAAAUUUGCAGUCAGUGCUCCACCCAUUUUUGCAUUUGGCCCACCCACUGGAAGGCUGCCCAGAAGGGAAUGCAACGCUUGAACUGGGAAAGGUUCCCCCUACCCCUACUCUGGAAUUUAAGGCUCUCUGGGUACUCCUCUUCCUCUGAGAGCUUAGCUGGCAGCACUGAAACAUGUAAGGCUGGGUUUCCUGGAUUGCUGGCUUCACUGUUACUUCAGAUCGCAUGCAUCGUCACGUGCUCCAGCUGCUCCCAACUCCCUCACUUCUGUGACUUUAGACAGUCAUGUUUUAUUGCCAUACAGGAAUUGCCGCUCUGCUGUCAGCGCCACUUGGAAACCCAAGUAGCCUGAAGUGGUCUCAAUAUCCACCCAAACUACUGCACUUUUCACAUUCACAGUGUGUCCAUAGCCUUAAUUUGGAUUUGGAGCUGCUUCCUGGUGUGUUUCGGAACGUGAAAUGUGACUGUAACCUUUACGGUUCAUGCACGGGGUUGGUUAUAUAAGUCCAUGCUAUCAGAGGAGUACAGAUCAAGCUCCACGGUUCACUGGCCAGCGCUGAGCCAAACAAAAAUAUCUGCAGGUCUGCCAGCUACCUGUGGACAAUUCCCUGACAGUUCGGGUGAGUCUGAUGUGAUUUCCAUGGCAGGGAUGCUCCUUGACUAACAAACGGGGUGUGGAUUAUUUAGGUAGGUUUUCCUUAAGGAAAAAGAAAGAAAAGACUUUCAUAUUUUUCUUCUUGCAAAAUCAAAUGUGAUUCAUGUGUGCCAGUAUGGGUCCCAACCAUGCAGGGAGACCAAUCCAUACUCCAAAGCGAGUCUAACUAAGCAGUGAAGAAUGUAAGGAAGUCUCUGCUGGAUUCAACCAAGGCCCUAUCUAGACCUUUUCUCCAGAGAGAGAGAGAAGGGAAGCAGAACCACUCCACCAAGUCUCAGCUCUUGCCUGUCCUUGAAUUGUUUCCACGUAAUCCAGGAGUAGCCAGUGUGGCACCCUCAAGAUGUUUCUGGAUUCCAGCUCCCAUCAUCCAUGACUUUUAGCAGUGCUGGCUGGGGCUGAUGGGAACUAGAGUCCAACAACAUCUGUUCUGUUCAAAAUUGGGGGCCACCCUCCUCCAACCUUUAAAGUUAAAAGCCAACUUGUGAGAUCUGAUCACUGAUCUCUUGCAUCUCCUCUGUUUGGAACCUCAGCCCACUUAAUAUAGCCAGCGAAGCAUUCUCCUGCCUCCCAAAAGACAUGUCAGAGAUAUCGGGUAGUUUCACAGGUGCCAGAGCAGAUUUGUGGUUCUCUAAGCUCAGGUUAUAAGUUAAAUUGAAAUAUUUUAAUUUAAAUUGAAUUAAUUUAAUUUGAAUGGCUUCUGAAUUAUAUAUGCUAAACUAUUAAUUUUAUUGUAUAUUUUAUAUUCAUUGUUUCAAAUUAUAUGUCUCCUGCCCCCCCCCAGGAUAGAAGUUCUUAUUUUAAUUCUACACAGAGCCAUGUAAAUAAAUGUACGUAUUAUUAUUUCAGGCUGUACGCCUAAUUCCAAUUACCUGGUAGUAAGAUCCAUUGAAUUCAGCAGGACCUACUUAUGAGUAGACAUGGUUAGGCUUGCAUUGUAACUUGUGCAUAUCAACACCUCUCUUAUUUCCCAAACAGGAGACAGCCCUGAAAUCUUUGGGAAAUGAAGGUCUUUUCCUGUUUGCAUCCCUGGAUACAAACAAUGACCUGUACAUCAGUCCUGAGGAGUUCAAGCCAAUUGCAGAGAAGCUAACUGGUAGGCAUCUAAUUUUUUUAAUAGACAAAUAAAUGUUCAUCUUGCUUUUUUAAAAAAACACAAACCAAAAUCAUGGCCCUUGAGCACAAAUUGUCUAGUUCUUGCGUUGGGUUUGUCACUCAUUCAUUGUCUGCUUAAUCCCCGGAGGAGAGGACAACGACAUUCCAGCCAUUUUUUUCCAGCUGGAAAACUGAAGUGAUAAUCCAGACCAGGCUUUCCCAACCUGGUCCCUUCUGGCUAUUUUGGACUACAGUGCCCAUCAGCGCUAUCUGGCACAGUUGUGUCAGCUGGGGCUGAUGGGAAUUUUAGUUCAAAAUAGCCAGAUGCCAAUAGGUUAGUAAAAGCAUUUGAAACUAUCUCAUUCUCUUGUUACCACUGGUUCCCUAGGCAGGCGUGGAACUGCUGUUAUAGGUUUCCCAGUGCUGGUGAAAUUGGGUUCGAAAUCAAAGCACCCCAGGGGAAGAGGGUGAACCUUCCAGAGAUAGGGCACAUCCAGUGGUGGUUCCAACAGCAAAAGAGCAGCAAACAUCUAGUGAAAAUGAACAGUUAGUAAGAGUUAUGCAUGGGUAAAAUUCUAUUUUAUUUUUACUUUUAAGAAACAUUCUUAACCUGUGCUAUCGCUACGUGGUCCCCAAGGCAGCUUGCAACUCGUCACGUACAGCGAUGGUGUCAUAAAAAUGCAAAACAAUUAACAUAUAAGAUAGAUGAAAAAUCCCAAGCACAGGAUCAUAAAACCCUGCGCAGCGGGGGACAGCAUAAAACAGAAUUGCUCAUUAAUUUCUCAUCAUUAAAAGCCCAGGCAAAAAGGAACAGAUCUUUGCCAGGGACCUAAAUGCCACUAAAAUGCGUGCAUUUUAAAGGUCAGCCUUAAAUAUGUGCCUUUCACAGUAUAUAUAUGUCAGGAUCCCAUCUGACCCAUGACCUUUCCUCCAGAAGAGGCUUGGGACUCUGCAGAGAACCCCACUGCAGCUGAGCAGCUGGAGGAACUUGCAAUAGUCCCAAGGCAGACUGAACGGUCCCAUCUUGCUUGGGCUACCCCAGUCACCUCUUCUCACCACAUCCUAAGCCCCUCCUUGGUCCCCAAUUUCCCCCUUUGAUUUUGAGCUAAAAUGUCAUUGCAGGGGGAUCAUGGAUGUCACGCAGGUACGUCUUCCCGUCUUGAGUCUCAUUCAACACCAUUUCCUCUUCUGGCUGCUGUUCCUUCUAUGUUGGUCACAUAAGGGAGCCAUCCCAAUCGGCAACCCUUUCUUAAACAAGAUGAUGUUACUUACGGUAGCCUAUCCAAUAUGCCGUGUGAUGACACCACUGAAAACAAUAGAUAAAUAAGUCAACAUUUGGGGGAAAAGGAAUGCCAAAAGUCACCAAGAAGGGGAGGUUGUUUUUCUUUUUGGGAACCAAUGGAACUAUUUUUUUAAAAAAACAGUAUCUUUAGCUAAGUUCUGCUUUCAUUGUGUGUGAGUACCAUAGUACUAUUUGCAUGGCUUAGGCAGCAAUCCUAUGUACGCUGAGCUUGGAAGAAGCCUCGCUGAGCUGGGUCUAACUUCUGAGUAGAAAUGCAUAGGCUUGCACUGUUAAGCAGCAUAAUCUAAAGGGACUCCCAAUGUCCAGGAAGCAUUGAUGACUACCUGAAAGCAUCUGCUGAUAGCAACGCAGUAGCCAUUCCAUGUUUCUUCUGGAGCAGCUGCUCAGGGACCUCCUAGCAACCCGUGCAGCUCCAUUAAGCACCAAGAGCAGCCAGGUGACCCAAAUGAGUUUCAGGUCUUUGCAGAGAUUGUUUUGAAAAGUGUGCCAUCCUGAAGCCCCCUUGGGCGUGCAAAUGACCUGCCUCUUGGUGUUUUCUUGGGAAAACAAACAUCAUAAGCAUAUAAAAACUGGAGAUCUCUUGGCGGGUGAGUGGGGUGGGUGUUAGCUGCCCAUAGCACACAACUGCUCUUGCCUUAAUUCUCUUUGCUCAAGCCCUAGACUGAUUUACACAACGAAAGGCUGCUAAGCUUUCUGUGUUUUUCGAAAGGCUUAUGCACCAGACGCCUCUUUCACAAAGGGCAAUUUUUCUAAAUCUGCGGUUCCUAUUGUCGGACUUGCAGAACUGCACGCGUUGGCUUUGUCUGGGGCUUAAAGGGGAUUCAGAGCAGCUGAAUGCAAGAGAUACUGCUCUGCAGUAAUGUGACCAGAGAGCUGGCGGGUGGCGAGACGCAAGCAAUCUCGGGAAUCUUUUUGCAUACAGAAAUUGCGGCGCUUCCACCUGCUGGUUACUUGUGGGCUUGAUGACGCUCGCUUGGGUAGCCCGCCCGAUUGCUCUCACAGCCAGCGCAGAGGGGAGCGGGAUUCAGGCAGCCCUUGUUUCCUGCCCAUCUGCAGAGCAGAUAAAGGGGAUUGUGACACCGGUGUGGGUUCUGCAGUCCUCACAGCUGGCUGCCUAUUGUGCUUGCAAGAGCACGAACAUUUCUGCCCCUGCGCUGUCGUGUCAGACAAAGAGCAGAAACAGUGGCUCUGUGGACAUGACCCAACACAGCAGCGACCAGUUUAGUCAUCCUGGGAGAUCAGGCUCUUCCCAGCCAAACUCCUCAGGGGCUGGCACCACAGUGUUUGCCCCCUCCCCAGGCUGAAAAACUUAGCCGCCAGGUACAGAGUGGUUCCUCCUGCUUGCAGCCUGGGAUAGGGAAAGUGGCUGCCUGGAAUUAGAGUACAGACUGUAUGCUUGCCCACAGAUCUCUCCUUGCCAGUCACAGCCUUGACAUGCCCACUUGGGGAAUGUAGCAGAUCGGCAGUGCUCUCACAGAAACGGUGUGUGCUGUUGCACACUCAAGCUGAGAACAUGCACAAGAAAUGAAAGAGCCUUGUUCAAAGCAGAAUGCAAAGGAGUUGCUGGCGGUCUGUUGGUGCCCCCUGCUGCACGGAGAUAGAACUGCUCAGCUGGAUGCUUUGUUUUGCUCUUCAUCCUUCCCAGCCUUAGGGCCAACGAUACACCUUAGUAGUAGGAAUGUGGGCCGAGCGUGUUUGGGUUUAGUUGUGCUUGUGGUGAAGUGAAAGCAUGAUACCUUCAUGAAGAUGUGUUGGUUGCAUCGUCUUGCAAACUAGGCAUGCAGGCAAGCAUUGGUGCAACCCCCACGAACCCCCACCGGUUCAGCCUGUGUCUUCAGCAUGUCUCUGUCAUCAUAUAACACAGCAAAACUACCACCCAUCUUCUCACAGUCUUUCAAUGGCCAGUCGUUCUAGAGUGCAGCAGGGGCAGGGGGAGAGUAAGGCUGUUUAUAUUGUUCUCCCUAGCCUAGCUGCCAUCCAGUCCCUUCCCUCUUGGACUCCAGACAGCUGCUACCACCAUCUGGGUGAGAGGCAAAGAAAGCAAGGCCCUUCCGUUGACCUGUCUUGACAACUAUUCACCCUGGUUUCCACCAGCUGAUUCUCCUUCAUAGGACAUAAGAAGACCCCUGCUGGAUGGGGCCAAUGGCCCAUCCGUUCCAGCAUCCUGUUCUCACAGUGGCCAACCAGGUGUCUCCAUGGGAAGCCCUCCAGCAGGACCUGAAUGUAUCUGCAACUCUCCCCCUUGUGAGCCUCAAUAGAAGGCAUACAGAGGAGGUAGUUUGUAGCCGUUGUGGCUAGUAGCCAUUAGCAUUACCCUCUGUGAAUUUGACUGAUUCUCUUUUGAAGUCAUCCAAGCAGGUGGCCCCCAUCAGUGCAUCUCAGGGAAGAAAAUUCCACAGUUUAAGUAAGCGCUGUGUUUGUCUGUCCUGAAUCUUCCAGCAUCUGGCUUCAUUGGCUAGUUCUGAGAGCUAGAAUUAUGAGAGAGGAACCUUCCUGCCUUUUACAGUGGUACCUCGGGUUACAGAUGCUUCAGGUUCCAUACGCUUCAGGUUACAGACUCCGCUAACCCAGAAAUAGUACCUCAGGUUAAGAACUUGGCUUUAGGAUGAGAACAGAAAUCACAUGAUGGUGGCGCAGCAGCAGCUGGAGGCCCCAUUAGUUAAAGUGGUGCUUCAGGUUAAGAACAGUUUCAGGUUAAGAACAGACCUCCAGAAUGAGUUAAGUUCUUAACCCGAGGUACCACUGUAUUUUGCUUUUACUUUCUUUUCUUUCCUCCCUAAAGUGUAUUUUAUUUACCUUUUAGCAGGGCCUAUGUGGUUUCUAGUUGUUGUACAAUGUUUCACAAUUUUUUGUGCUUUAUAAAUAGAUGCAUACAUGAAUUCAGCUUCUCAGGCAGAGCUUCUCAGUGUUUGCUAUCUGACUCCAUUGGGGAUAGCACAGAAAAGGCAGUGCAGGGGAAAUUACAGCUUUCUGCAGGACCAAGAGUAUAUCUGAAUGCGUAGAGCUGGGAUAAGAGACAGAGGAAGUAAGAUUAUAUUUUUAUUGAGCCCAUUUCUUUCCGGAAUGCUUCAUUCCAAUUUGCAUGGUCGUAAAGGGUGCUGUAAUAAUAAUAAUUAUAAUAAUAAAUUCGUCUUAUUGCUAUCAUUAUAGAGUUAUAGAAAAACCAAGCUGGUUCAUAUCACAGUGAAAUGAAAACAGUGCAGGAGGCAUACAGACUGGUAGGGGAUAUGUAGACUUAAAUGCGCUGAAAGUUUGAAUAUAUAUGGAAGACUCUUGGUUUAAUUUAUUUCAUACAAUUUAUAUACCGUUUGAUUAUAAAAAUAAAAAACCUCAAGGAAGUAUACAGAAAGACUAAAGCAAUAAAAUUGCUAGUAAAAACAAUUACUGCACAACAGUUGCUGAAAACGCUUAGAAAUUUGAAACUUGCAAUAAAUUAAGAAACUCAUCAGCAUUCUAGAUACCUGGGUAGGCUCCUCUAAACAAAAAUGUUUUUAGCAGGGCCCUAAAAGAGUAAAGUGAAGAUGACCAGCCUGAUAUCAUUUGACAGGGAGUUCCAAAGUGUGGGUUCUGCCACAAUGAAAUAUCGAUUUCUUACAAAUGAGAAAAGAGUAUUAUAUAGCACCUGCAGCAGUGCCAGUUCUGAAAAUUGAAGUAGCCAAAUGGGCAUACAAGGGGCAAGGAGAUCUCACAGGUAAGGCAGUGCCAGGUUUAAAGUAACACUGGGUUUUUAAAAGUUGUGCAAAAAUUUUGUAUAGCUUUUUCUUAUUUGCAUAUCUAUUUAAAUUAAUAUAGUAACUGUAUUUUCAUAGCAGUGGUAUGCAUACAAAUGAAUGGAUUUAAUUAAUUUUUUAAAAAAAAUAAUUUUUAUUAACCGACCAAUCAAAUCAAAUCAAAUCAAAUCACAUCACAUAAAUUCCGAAUUACAAAGCCGAAUUUUAAAUUUUUGUUGAGGGGACCCAUAUUUCAAGUUUCGAAGGGGGAUUCCGAUCAUCUUCUUGCUACUGCGUUCAUAUCCAAAUCAGUCCAAAUAAAGUUCAUAAUUCUAUCCAGUCUUAUCUUGCUGUUUCCACAUCUCAUCUUAUUCGUACAUUUUUUCUUUUCCUUUCUUGAUCUCUUCUGAUAAUCUCCUUAAGCAGAUAAACACCAAUUAUAUCCUGUGUGGAUUUUUCGACCAAUCCUCAUAUCAUGAUGGUUUCCAUAUAUCAUCACUUUCAUAAAUAACAUCGCUCUUUCCAUCAUUAAUCUCAGGAUCUGUUGUUUUUGAGUCCCACUGAGGAGUCUCACCCACAGUAUAGAAACAGCUCUUUUCCUCCUCCCAGACUCAAGUCCUCUGACAGAGCUUACCAAUAUGGCGACGGUAUUUUUAACUGCGUCAUUCCAGAGCUCUUAAACUUUCCACGCUCUUCUUAAAACAUGCUUUGGUUAGAAAAAUUAUCUCCACACAGACGUAAAUCCACAGCUUAAGUCAUUAAAGCAGCAUUUCUGACCUGUGGGGGGGGGGAGUUCUUGUUUUAUCACAUAGAGGAAAGAAAGAAAGGUUUAUUUCCCCUCCCCCAUCAGUCCUUUUGCCAUACCGAGUCUUAGCUGUCUUCUCAUGAUUGAUUCUUGUUCCUCCGACUCUUCUUGUUUAUCAGAGAACUCUUCAGUUAGCAGUCUUUACUCCCCCCUCCUUCCUUGAAAUAUGUGCAUUCGCUUCUUCCUAAUUGUUCCUUUUGAAGUUCUUGCAGCUAGAGACAGCAUCCAGGAGCGCCGAGGUCCACAGGGGGGCAUUCUGCCUAGUGCCCCCAUCCCCUCAAAUUCGGGGGUGGUAUAGGGCACAGCAGGCACGGGCAGCCCCCCCUCACAAUCCUGGGGGGGUAGGGAGGCUAUUUACUCCCAUCACAGCCUCCUAAUUACCCCCUGUGGGUCGGAGAGAUGUUAUUGUCAGCCAUCUUCCGAUGCGCCCCUAGUGGCCCCUCGGAUUUAAUUAAUUUUUAUGCUGUACAGUGGUACCUCUGGUUACGUACUUAAUUCGUUCCAGAGGUCCAUUCUUAACCUGAAACUGUUCUUAACCUGAAGCACCACUUUAGCUAAUGGGGCCUCCCGCUACCGCUGCGCAAUUUCUGUUCUCAUCCUGAAGCAAAGAUCUUAACCCGAGGUACUAUUUCUGGGUUAGCGUAUGUAACCUGAAGCGUAUGUAACCCGAGGUACCACUGUAGUUUUCUAAGCAAUCAUUAAUAUUAAGAAUAUAUAAUGAUUUUAAGUCACAAGCUGCAGUAUAAUAAUCCACAUGAAAACUGUUAUAUGCAUUGGGGGGAAAUAGUAUUUUAUUUCAGUAAUUUAAAUAGUGGAACUUGCAGUUUUCAAUGCAAUAAGUUGCAGCAUUUGUAACAGGAACUAUAAUAGAUUCACUGUGGCAGGGUGUUUUUUUCUUAAUGUAAUUCGGAUGGUUACUUCUUCAAUUGGAUUUGUAGGUCACCGAUAACGUUACGUUAAUAAUAACACUAUGGAUGGAUCUAGACACAUCAAAGAAGCGUUUCAUUUAAACAUGUUGCAAACUUUGUAUGAGAAAUCGGGUUGGCAAAAACAGAACUCCACAGCGCCAUCUGGUGUCACAGCGUUAUAAUGCAUAUACAACGCAAAUAAAGCACUUUUUCUUUGCCAAUGUAGCUGAGUCCUAUGUUAAUGAAAUGCAUACAUAAAUCUUGUAACCCUUGAUCUGUUUUCAGGCAUCGCUCCAGUAACUGGGAUUGAGGAAGAAGAGAUAUUGGAUCCCAAUGGGGAGACUCUUUCUGUCAUUGCAAAAUUCCAGCCCUUGCUUAUGGACACAAUGACAAAGAGCAAAGACGGUUUCCUUGGAGUGAGUAUGACAUUUAGUUAGCGCUGCAAGUUUUAAUCAGUAGAUCAAUCAACUAGAAGCAUUAGUGGAUUGAUACGAAGGCUGGUCCAGUUUUAACCAUCAGGUCAAUGAAUUAAAUGUGUGCUUGUUUUUCUUUUGCUCCAAUUAUAUUGCUGUAACUGGGAACGCAAAAUAAAGUGCUAGGCAGUCUUUCCUUCUAGUAAUAGCUUUGUUCAGACAUUGCACCAAACCGUGGUUAAGAAAGCUUAAUAUGGAGUAAUAGUGUAAUAUCUGAAUGUCUUGUGGUCCGUCAGCCUCCUAAAGUGGAAGAGGCUUCACAGGGCUGCUUCCUAACGUGUCUCUCUGCCUCUGCAGAUUUCUCACAUUGCGCUUUCUGGGCUUCGCAAUUGGACGGCUCCGGCUUCCCUCUGA